GCGUUCAACAACUUUCCAAUGGUUGUAAUUUCGCUGACAAAAUGCCUCAAAAUACAUAUAAAGCUAUUUUCACAAUACAGUCUUUAAAAACAAAAUCAUUUAUUUAUUUUUAAAGAAGCAAAUCUGACGUAAAACAACAAACAGAACGAUCACAAAAUAUUUUUUGUCAGGCAAACAACAGGCAUCCUGUGACCCGGAAAGGCUUUGUUGUGAAAGAGCGACCGUUUUGGAGUGUUGUGGAAAACGACUGGAAUUAUAUAUCUAAUCAGAUAAACCGCCCGAGACUCAGUUUAAUCGUUAAUUAGACAUGUUUUACCAUAUUUCUCUUGAACACGAGAUCUUACUCCAUCCGAGGUAUUUUGGUCCCAAUCUGCUGAACACUGUAAAACAGAAACUAUUUACAGAAGUGGAAGGAACAUGCACUGGAAAGUAUGGCUUUGUUAUUGCAGUCACCACUAUUGACAACAUUGGUGCUGGUGUAAUUCAGCCAGGCAGAGGUUUUGUGCUGUACCCAGUAAAAUAUAAGGCCAUUGUGUUCCGUCCAUUUAAGGGUGAAGUGGUGGAUGCUGUGGUAACUCAGGUUAAUAAGGUUGGAUUGUUCACAGAAAUUGGUCCCAUGUCAUGCUUCAUUUCCCGCCAUUCCAUUCCGUCGGAGAUGGAGUUUGACCCAAAUUCUAAUCCACCCUGUUAUAAGACAGUGGAUGAGGACAUAGUAAUUCAACAAGACGAUGAGAUCAGGCUUAAAAUUGUGGGUACGCGAGUGGACAAAAAUGACAUUUUUGCUAUUGGAUCUCUCAUGGAUGAUUAUCUGGGUCUUGUGAGCUAAUUCUGCAGAAUCAGGUGAUGAUGGAACCUGCAGUCCAGUGCUACAUUUUUUUUACUAAUACUGUACAGAUAACAGUUCUUUUUUUUAGUGGUCCAUGGUGCAAAGAAACUUGAUGCAUUACAUGUAGAACUCAAUAAGUCCAUCUAAUUAAGUAUUGUAUUUUGCUUGUGGGCUGUAAUAAAAUGUUUUACAUGUUCUUA